UUCAUCAUGUGACUCACUGGGAAUUCCCCCACAUCCCUUGCCACUUUCAACUUAUCUUUCUUCAACAACGGCUCUUUCCAAAAUUUAGUGUAGUUCGCCAGUUAGUAGGAUGCAUUUCAGCCUCACACAUUUAUUAGAACAUCAAAAACAUAUCGUUCACAUCCAUUCAAUUAAAGUUAAUAUCUUUAUUCCUCCUUCUUUCCUUCUUUCCCUCCUUUUCUCCCUCCCUUACCCACUGCCCGGACUUCCCUUUCACAGGCUCAGCAGACAGCACCUGCUUCUCAGAAACAAGGCUUGUCCUGUUCUCCUUUCUCUAGUCUUCCUUUAAAAAAUGCGAGUCCCUCUUCCUGACAGCCACUGGAGUGAAAGGAGACACACAGAAGGAAACCAUCACAGGCAAAACAAUUCUCUUUCUUUUUGGACGCAGGCCAUUUCAGAGGUCUCCCCAGAAUCCCCAAGUUCUCCUCUUUGCUGUUGUCCCUACAGGUCUGGUGUGGGGCGUGAGGUGUCUCAAUUUAGCUGUUCAGCGAUUCUCUGCCUGGUCAUCUUACCACAGAGCUCCUGUGGUCUUUUGCCUCCCUCUUUACCCCCUCCCUCCCCCCCCCCCGCCCCCGGCCCCGGGGUGUGUGUGUGUGUGUGUGUGUGUGUGUGUGUGAGAGAGAGAGAGAGAGAGAGAGAGAGAGAGAGAGAGAGAGAGAGAGAGCUAUUUCUCACUUGGGGGCUCACUUCUAAUUAAGUAAUUCAGGAGGUUUAAAAAGCACAGAACAACUAAAUGAAACCUCAAAUUAGAAGGAAAAUGGCUCAAAUGGGUCCCCAUCUCUGGGAGUUCUGGUUAAGCAAGCAAACAAAAUGGGCUGGGACGAAUGAAUAUUGUAACUCAGAAGACCAAAGCAAAUGUAAUUAGUUCCCAGUCUACUUCUUGUUCCUCAGCCUCUGACACGCUCCAAUCUCACUCCCAACGCCACACGCAGCCGCGAAUUUAUCCAAUUCUUCCUUAUCCUUACUGCGGGGAGGGGGAAAAAGUCGCUGCUGCAAAAAGCUGGGAGGGUUAACAGAGCUGGUACCCCAGCCUGCCAGCUAGCCAAAGGAGAUUGCCGGUAGGCCUCAGAACCCGCCUCCUGCCAGGCUUCACAGCCAAUGGGAGCCUGUGGUGAGUAUGGCGCAGGGUCCUAUUGGCUGCCAACCUACGUGCAUAAGAAAGAACGAGAGAGGCAGGCAGGGCAGCAUUGUUAUCUUAAGACACUCAUCCGGUGUCUGAGUCUGCAGGUGACACUGGUUAGGUACGGACCGGGAAGCCGGAGUGGGGACGCGCCGGGCUGCAGCUCCAGGAUGGAAUCCGCCUGCCUGCCGCGCGGCUCGCGGCUCAACCCGCAGCGCCUCCGCUGAGCUCGACGGGUUCCGGAGGACUUGGAAAUGCACCUGCCGCGCGCUCCGAGGACACCAGCAGGUCCUCAGGCAGCCGAAGGAGCCCAGACGCCUGAGGAACGAUUUCUGUCCAUGUACAAGGCACAGAUUUCGGAUGACAGGGCGGGAGAAAGAGCCACAAGAAAUCAUGAAGUAAAAACUUUGGAAGGCUGCCACUGGAGAUGUUGCACAAAAAUCAGGCGUCUUUUGGGAGUCUCCUCGCAGUCCUUGGUGGUUUGGGGAGCAGCUGAUACAGCAAGAAGGACUCUUACAAGGAUUCAAGUUUGGCGCCCUGGAGGAGCAGCGCGGAGUGGGAGAGCUUGGCGAGAGAAUGAAGACACUAACCGCCUGGGAGAAGCAUGAGGUGGCCGUGCAGCUCUUGGUUUAGAGGGCUUUGGCCGGAGGCCGCCCCAUGGGCAGUCCUGCUGGCGCUAGGCGUACCCGGGUGGGUGCUGGCUGUCUCGGCCACGGUGGCCGCUGUGGUCCCGGAACAGCAUGUCUCCUCAGCUGGCCAGGCUCCCCUGGACUGGCUGCUCACAGACCGAGGCCCCUUCCACCGAGCCCAGGAGUAUGCUGAUUUCAUGGAGCGUUACCGCCAGGGGUUCACCACCAGAUACAGGAUCUACAGGGAGUUUGCCCGAUGGAAAGUGAACAACUUGGCCCUAGAAAGGAGAGAUUUCUUCAGUUUGCCCCUGCCUCUCGCCCCAGAGUUUGUCCGCAAUAUCCGCCUCCUUGGAAGGAGACCCAAUCUGCAACAGGUUACUGAAAACCUCAUCAAAAAGUACGGCACUCAUUUCUUACUUUCUGCUACUCUUGGAGGAGAAGAGUCUCUGACCAUUUUUGUGGACAAGAGGAAACUAAGCAGAAAGUCAGAAACAACAGGAGGUAUCCCUGUAGUUGGGGGCACUGGGAACAGCUCCGCUGUGUCUCUGGAAACCCUGCACCAGCUGGCUGCCUCCUACUUCAUUGACAGAGAGAGCACACUGCGCAGACUUCACCAUAUCCAAAUAGCCACAGGGGCCAUAAAGGUCACAGAGACCAGGACUGGUCCACUGGGCUGCAGCAACUAUGACAACCUGGACUCAGUCAGCUCUGUCCUGGUUCAGAGUCCAGAGAACAAGGUGCAGUUACUGGGCCUGCAGGUGCUGCUCCCUGAACACCUGCGUGAGCGGUUCGUGGCUGCAGCACUCAGCUACAUCACAUGCAGUUCUGAGGGCGAGCUGGUCUGCAGGGAGAAUGACUGCUGGUGCAAGUGCAGCCCCACAUUCCCGGAAUGCAACUGUCCUGAUGCUGACAUUCAGGCUAUGGAAGACAGCUUGCUGCAGAUCCAAGACUCCUGGGCCACUCACAACAGGCAGUUUGAAGAGUCCGAAGAAUUCCAGACCCUGCUGAAGAGGCUCCCCAGUGACCGGUUCCUGAACUCCACAGCCAUCUCCCAGUACUGGACCAUGGACUCUAACCUCCAGCACCGUUAUCAGCAGCUGGGAGCCAGCUUGAAAGUCCUGUUAAAGAAGAUGCACCGGAUCGUCCGCCGCCUCUUCAAUCUCUGCAAGCGCUGUCAUCGGCAGCCUCGCUUCCGCCUGCCCAAGGAGAGAUCCUUGUCUUUCUGGUGGAACCGAAUCCAGUCCCUUCUCUACUGUGGAGAAAGCACCUUCCCUGGGACGUUCCUGGAACAGAGCCACAGCUGCACCUGCCCCUAUGACCAAUCUUCCUGCCAGGGCCCCAUCCCAUGUGCCUUGGGGGAAGGGCCUGCAUGUGCUCACUGUGCUUCAGACAAUUCCACGCGCUGUGGGAGUUGUAACCCUGGUUAUGUGCUAGCCCAGGGACUGUGUCGGCCAGAGGUAGCUGAGUCCCUGGAGAACUUCCUUGGGCUGGAGACAGACCUGCAGGACCUUGAGCUGAAGUACCUGCUGCAGAAGCGAGAUAGCCGCAUUGAGGUACACUCCAUCUUUAUCAGCAAUGACAUGCGCCUGGGCAGCUGGUUUGAUCCUUCCUGGAGGAAGCGGAUGCUCCUGACCUUGAAGAGCAACAAGUACAAGCCCGGGCUGGUGCAUGUGAUGUUGGCCUUGUCCUUGCAGAUCUGCCUCACUAAGAACAGCACCCUGGAACCGGUCAUGGCCAUCUACGUGAACCCCUUUGGGGGCAGCCACUCAGAGAGCUGGUUCAUGCCUGUUAAUGAGGGCAACUUCCCAGACUGGGAAAGGACUAAUGUAGACGCAGCUGCCCAGUGCCAAAACUGGACUAUUACUUUGGGGAACAGGUGGAAGACUUUUUUUGAGACAGUCCAUGUUUACCUACGGAGCCGAAUCAAGUCCCUGGAUGACAGCUCCAACGAGACAAUCUACUAUGAGCCCCUGGAGAUGACUGAUCCCUCCAAGAAUUUGGGCUACAUGAAAAUCAACACCUUGCAGGUCUUUGGCUACAGCCUGCCCUUUGACCCGGAUGCUAUCCGAGAUUUAAUUCUCCAGCUGGACUACCCGUAUACUCAAGGUUCCCAGGACUCUGCACUCUUACAACUCAUUGAGCUUAGAGACCGGGUGAACCAACUCUCUCCCCCUGGCAAAGUCCGGCUCGACCUUUUCUCUUGCUUGCUCCGGCAUAGGCUCAAGCUGGCCAACAAUGAGGUGGGCAGGAUCCAGUCCUCCCUGAGAGCUUUUAAUUCCAAGCUGCCAAAUCCUGUGGAGUAUGAGACGGGCAAACUCUGUAGCUAAUGGGGGGAACUACCCCAGUGCUGGUCAGAGAGCUGAACCACACAUUCAGGGUGCAAAGAUAAUCCAAGCCCUCACCUCAGUGCCAACAGAGUGCUUCCAAGAGACCUUUAGCACCUGGGAGAUGGGAGCUCAAGGCUUGGACUGAAGCAGGCGAAAGACAAUGAAACAGCCACUGCACAUGUGCACACGUGCGUACAACGCCCUACCACACACACUCACAGGGAGGCCACAGCCCAGCAGCCUCGAAUCUGUAAAGUCGGUGCUCUCUAAAAUGAAUGCAGUUGAAGAAGAGCUAAGGGAGAGAUCAAAGCGGGCUAAAUCAGGAAAGAACUGACUGAAGAAAAAUGCUUCAAAGUGAUUCUUGUCACGGAGGAUAGCAAGAGGGGACAGAAGUGGGAGGGGUGGGGACCUCCCCUCUGUGGAGUCACUUUUGUAUUCUUUUUAACCAGAUUUCUUAAAAUGUUGUUGUUCCGUGACUCCCAGCACUGCUUCUUACUUUUUGUACAGCGCCUCCCUGCGCCCUGGAGGCCUCCCUGCACCCUGGAGGCCUUGGGUCUACCGCUCUUGGUGUCCUUAGGAAGUGUGUGCAGUGCUAGGCAGAGGAGCCCACGCUAAGGGCAGGCCACAGCCUCCUUGCUCAAUCGCCCGCCCACUUCUUCCUCCUGCCAGCUCCCUCACUUCCUUGGCCUCCCCAGUUUCAGAGUUUUGACUUGUUCCAAGAGCCCCUCACAGUUCAUCCGGAGCCCUCUUCCCACAGCACCUGUCUGUUCAAGGAAGCAGUUUUGUCAAGUUAGAGAGACAACAUAUAUGGAAAUGUUCUUUUUUUAAAAAAAAAAACAACAAAACAAAAAAUAUUUAUUUUGUGAUUGUUUUUCUUGUCAACCUACUUCAGUCACAUGAACCUAUGAGUAAAGUUUUACUUGGUUUAACACA